GGAAGUGCGUCAUCAACCGCGACGAAGCCUGGGUUCUUGCUGCCGGUGGAUCAUGGCGGAAGUGGGCCGGAGAUCGGUGUGCGAUUCCUACGCGCUGCUCCCUGGGGGUUUCUGGGCGGCGGUGGCAGUGUGGCUGGAGAGGCCGCAGGUGGCCAACAAGCGGCUGUGCGGCGCCCGCCUGGAGGCCCGCCAGAGUGCCACUUUGCCCCGGGCCGAGGCCCUCCGCCCCAGGCUGAGCGCGGGCCCGGAUCAGGAGUGGGGCGCGGCCUUAUGCAGACCUCAAGAGGGCCCGGGGACCCGCUGGGGUUCCCCCGAGGAAGACCACGGCACCUGGCCGAGCGCAGGCCCCGAGCAGGAACGAGGCGCGGCCUUAUGCGGACCCCAGGAGAGACCGGGACCUGGCCGGAGUUCUGUCGAGGGGCAUCCCGGUCCCAGGCCGGGAGUAGGUCCCGAGGAGGACACAUCUUGUCUCAGACUUGAAGAGACUCAGGGCCCACCCCAGCAAGGGAAGGAGCAGAGAGAAGCAGCCGCAGCACCUCUGCUUGCGGAGCAGCCCCAUAGGACUGGAAGCGGGGAGGAAGACGACCCCGCCGCUGAUCUGGGUUCGCUCUGGGACCGUUUUUCUCAGAGUCUCGUCUGUGGUCAUCCGGAGAUGCUGUCAUUCCUCACGCGCUCCGGAGCAGAAUCACAGACAGAGGCGCCGCACGAACUCGACCUGGUCCUCAGAACUGUCAUCCCGAAAACGAGCCCGCAUUUCUUGGUUACAGCUCCGAGGAGAGAAAUAGUCGUGCAGGAUGUCCCCAAUGGAACUGUAACUUUCUUACCUCUGGAAGAAGAUGAUGAGGGGAAUUUAGAGGUGAAGAUGAGCAAUGUGUAUCAGAUUCAGCUCAGUCGCAGCCCAGCAGAAUGGUUCAUAUCUGUUUUGAUUUUCUGUCCAGAGAAGUGGCAGUCGGAUGGGGCUAUCUACCCCAGAUGCACCUGGCUGGGAGGGGAGCUGCUGGGCAGGCUGGCCCGGUGGUGCGUGGCCAGCAGCAAGCGCGAGCUCAGAAGCACCCUCUCCCUCGUGUCCAUCGGGAGGUACAGCGUGCUGUACCAGGAGCUCAAGGAGAAGUACAGGGACAUGGUUAGGGUGUGGCCAGAGGUGACUGAUCCUGAAAAGUUUGUCUACGAAGAUGUGGCUAUUGCGUCCUACCUGCUGAUCCUGUGGGAAGAGGAGCGAGCCGAGAGGGGUGUGAGCACCCCACAGUCGUUUGUGGACUUGGGCUGUGGGAAUGGCCUCCUGGUCCACAUCCUAUGCAAUGAAGGGCAUCCAGGCAGAGGGAUUGAUGUCCGAAGAAGGAAAAUCUGGGACAUGUAUGGACCCCACACUCAGCUAGAGGAAAAUGCCAUCACCCCGAGCGCCCAGACCCUCUUCCCUGCUGCAGACUGGCUGAUCGGGAACCACUCCGACGAGCUCACACCCUGGAUCCCUGUCAUUGCGGCCCGGUCUUCCUACCACUGCCGGUUCUUCGUGCUGCCCUGUUGCUUCUUUGACUUUGCUGGCAGGUUCUGCCGCAGGCAGAGCAGGAAGACCCAGUACCGCGAGUACCUGGACUUCAUCCGGGAGGUGGGAGAGGCCUGCGGCUUCCACAUGGAGGAAGACUGCCUUCGGAUCCCUUCCACCAAGCGGGUCUGCCUCAUCGGGAAAUCCAGAACGUACCCGCCUGCCGAGGAAGCAGGUGUGGAUGAGCGGAGGACUUGGUACCUUCACAGCAGGCGGGGCCUGUCUGGCGGGGGCCCCCUCUGUCCUGCACCCCAGGCCGCUGCCUGCAGUUCCGAUCACCCAGAUGGCGACAGAACCGGGGGCACUGGGGCUCAGUGUGACCUGGAGGUCUCGGAGGCCCAGGCUGAGGGACUCUGGCUGCCCGGAUUCCAGCCUCGGGAAAAGGUGGAGCGCGUGAGGAACUGUGCCUCCCUCCCUCGAGACUUUAUCGACCAGGUGGUUUUGCAGGUGGCAGAUUUGCUGUUGAACAGAAGGAAGUCACACGCAGGAAGUCCUCGGGAGGGGACUUGCAAGGCCUGGAACGGAGGAGGACCUGUGCAUCUCGGAGCCCUUGGCAUCUUGGGCCUGGGCGUCUCCCUGUGCAGGACACUGCUGAGAGACAGCAAGAAGGGUCCCUGCCUCAGGACAGAGAGCCUGUCCUUGGCAGAAGUGGCCUGGCAGCUGGACAGGGCGACCCUGCGGAGGCUGAAGCACGAGUGCGGAGGCCUGCAGACGCUGCUGCGCAACAGCCGCCAGGUGUUCGAAGCUGCAGGUGAUGCUGCCAGAGCCGCGUCGGUGUGGAGCUGGGGUGCCAACCCAACCCUCAGUCUAAGGCUGGUGAAUCUGUGCCGUGAGGCGGGGCUGGGCUCGCCUGCACCAGUGCCCCGGGUUCCAGAUCUGCAUGUGGGCGGAAGGACCGUGGCCUGGGUAGUCACAGUGUAUAUACCCAGGUCCGAAAAGUGACAGAGGUCCACAGUGCUUGCGAUCUUGUGAGCUUUCGGGUGGCACCGAGAUGGAAGGAAUUUUAGGUCUGCAUCUCCUCCCCUGUGCCCUCCAGUGUGCUGCGCUCACCUCCUGGAGCUGCUCUCCCUUUUGCUUGUAGGAGUAUUAACACAAACCCACUGACCGCACCAGUGUCCUUCCAGGGCAUCUGCAGAGACAGUGAUGUCUUCUCGUGCCUCCACUUUGCCCUGGGCCCCAGUCCCCACAUGCAGGGAGGUGCGGCCUCAGGAAGCCUUUACUUGAGCAGUGACCCUUGGGCUGGGGCUGCAGAACAGGAGCUAGGGCUCCUGCAAGGCCUUCCCUGCCUAGGGGCUGGUGGUGCUGCUGCCAUCCAGGAGGAUGAGGCCUUGGCCGGUGCGAGGGGCGGAGCCCCGGUGAGGGAGGGGGUGGCCGCCCUGGGACCUGCUGUCUGUGCUUGCUGUGUGGCACUGCUCCUUAGCAGGCUGCAGGGUCCCUGCUGCCUCUGCAUUGCACUAGGCGGGUGGUCAGGCUGCCCCGGGGGAGUCAGCUGGGGACACAUGGGUGACAGAAGUGCAGCUCUGCACCUCAGCCCACAGACCCUAGGCCUGGGGAUUAGAGUGCUUGCCGCGCCUCUUCCCUGCCCUCCCCGCAUGUGCACACGCGCCCUGUGUGUGAGAGCGAGUGUGUGCACAGGAGCAAGGGUGUACGCCCGUGUCCCAGCUUCUCAGGAGUGCUGCAGGGGCAGGGCGUCUGUGUGGGCAUGGGCGGGCAAGGCCGGCCGGAGUUGCUGAGCUGGGCAUCUGUGCCUGGAAUCCACUCUUCCUCCACGGGGCUUUAAUCCAUUAAAGCACUUGCUGCAGCCCGAGGGAGUCCACUUC